AUCGCUGGGCUGGUUGUGGGUUGGUUGUUAGGCAGAGCAUACCAGGUUGAGUUGGUUUGUGUUUGUAUUAUGACUUUAAUGUGGAACAUUAGUCGUGAUGAACAGAGUUUCUGACUCUAUUAUGAUUAUGCUUGUAACAUAUGGAGAAUCGUGGAUGUUUCUUUCCCUUGGCGGAUAAAUCUAAAGGGACUACUUUGCCUACCUUGGACCUGAAAAAAUAGUAAUCAAAAGAUGGAAAAGGUGACACUUCUCUUGUCAUCAGUCACAGCUGUAACACUCUCAAACAGAGACUGAUAAGAAAAGAAAAGGAACCCUUUGGCAUACAGGCAAGAGGGUGAGAAAAUUUCCAAAGCGAAAAGACACACUUAGCCAAACAGAGGAAAUGGCAUUCUUGGACAAUCCGGCCAUUAUCCUGGCUCACAUCAGACAAUCUCAUGUGACCAGUGAUGAUACUGGAAUGUGUGAGAUGGUGCUAAUAGAUCAGGAUGUUGAUCUUGAGAAGUGCCAGCUUUCUCUGGUCCCUGGUAGCAGCUUUGGGUCAACUGGGUCAGGCCUCCUGAAUGAGGGGGGCAGUAGUGUGACAGACAGUCAUCCCUGUGACCUCUCUCAGUCUAUGGACAUCACCUCCAGCUGGGACUUUGGCAUUCGUCGGCGAUCCAACACAGCCCAAAGACUUGAAAGACUAAGAAAAGAGCGACAGAACCAAAUCAAAUGCAAAAACAUUCAGUGGAAAGAGAGGGCGUCUUCCCAAUCAGUGGAAGAUCUGGGGUCUCUGUUUGAAAAGCGCGACUUUAAAGACAGGCCACGGACAGCUGGUACAAAAUCCACUUUGUCACUGAGGCUUGAGCAGUGUCCUCAGCAGCUCAAUAAUCCCUUCAAUGAAUACUCUAAAUUUGAUGGCAAGGGCCACAUCGGUACCACAGCUACAAAAAAGAUAGACGUCUACCUAUCAAUGCAAAUGACUCAGGAGAAAGUACAUCCAAUGACAGUGGUGACCAUUGCCAAUGCCCGUGUCCAUGACCUCAUUGGACUUAUCUGUUGGCAAUACACAAGCGAGGGACGAGAACCCAAACUCAAUGAAAAUGUGAAUGCUUAUUGCCUUCACAUUGCUGAAGAUGAUGGCGAGGUAGACACUGACUUCCCUCCGCUAGACUCCAAUGAGCCAAUACACAAGUUUGGUUUCAGCACUCUGGCCUUGGUGGAGAAAUACUCCUCCCCUGGCAUCGCUGCCAGGCAGUCACUGUUUGUUAGAAUAAAUGCUGCUCAUGGUUUUUCUCUAAUUCCGGUGGACAAUUUGAAGGUGACUAUGAAGGAAAUUCUCCAGAAAGCUCUCAAGAAGAGGAAAGGUUCACAGAAAGGCUCAGGGCCCUUGUAUCGCCUCGAGAAGCAGACCGAGCCAAACGUAGCAGUAGACCUGGACUCCUCACUGGAGAGCCAGAGUACCCUGGAAUUUUGCCUGGUCAGAGAAAACAGCUCCAGAGGUGAAGAGAGUUCAGAGGAAGACCCUCCUAUUGACAUCACCACAGUCCAAGACAUGUUGAGCAGUCAUCACUACAAGUCCUUCAAGAUCAGCAUGAUCCACAAACUGCGUUUCACCACAGAUGUCCAGCUAGGGAUUUCAGGAGAAAAACUGGAGAUUGAUCCUGUCACCAAUCAGAAAGCCAGUACUAAGUUCUGGAUUCGGCAGAAACCCAUUUCCAUUGACUCGGACCACCUUUGUGCUUGCGACCUUGUGGAGGAAAGAAGCCCUAGUCAUGCAAUAUUUAAACUCACUUAUCUCAGCAAUCAUGACUACAAGCCUCUCUACUUUGAGUCUGAUGCUGCUACUGUCAAUGAAAUAGUGCUGAAGGUAAACUACAUCUUGGAGUCCCGGGCCAGCACCUCCCGUGCUGAUUACUUUGCCCAGAAACAACGAAAACUGAGCCGCCGGACCAGCUUCAGUUUCCAGAAGGAGAAGAAGACUGGGUAAUAGACGGGCUCCUCUGCCACCUGUCAGUACAUUCUCUGUAUACAGCCUUGUAUAUAGCCUUGUAUAUGGAGAGCAUCAACCUAAAUCUACAAUCCCUAUAAAGAAGACUGGCAGAAAUGUGACAACAGAUGAAAAUGAGAGGAAGAGAGCAAUGGUUAGAAAAUGGUCCUGCAGGAUAUACGUCUGCUUCAGCAGAGCAAGGUGGAGGUUCCUGAAACUUCACCAAUGUCAAGUCAUUCUUUUUCUAAAAUUGAAAAAAAGACUUGUUUUGGCUGUUGUGUUUUUGUCAGUUUUUUUUACUUUUUGUUCAUUCAUUGCCUCUGAAUCUAAGCUCUGUCCUCAAAGUUGGAUUUUGUAGAGCUUCAACAAGUUGGCAAUGUGCACGAAAAAAAUCAAAGCUACAGACUAUAUUAUUGCUUUUGCCCUCCUCGUCUAACAGAUUUAACAUAAUGUGAAAAUAAAGGUUUCACAUUUUUAAUGUAUUGUACAGAGAUAUUUUUUAUUUAGGAAAUGAAAAGGUCUCUCUGGACUUUGUUGUUGGGUAUGUCAGUCUAACAUCAAAGCAUUUUUUCAGGCAUAUAUUUAAAAAAAGUAUUUUAAUAGCAAAUAUUCUUCAUGCUUUAAGAAGAUCAAACACUUUUAGAAAUAAAAAAAUGUUAAUUUGAAAGUUUUAAA